AUGAAACCUACUUGUGGCCCGGUGCCGUUCCCUGAUUAUAGUUGUGAAGAUGUUGGUAUUUCCCAAGGAAAACCAUCACUAUUAGCUGAUACCAUAUCAUGGCAGAUUACGAAAGAGGUGCCAGGAGAUGAACUUUCUCAGCCAUUUGCAGAUCAGCUUCUGAACCAGGCCAUGUUUUAUGGCGAGCUAUCGGAUUACGGGUCGACGUCAGUGAAUCCACCAGUGUUUGGGCAGGAGGAGAACAUGUUCCUAGGCGAAGAAGCUCCUUACCCUCAGCCUCAAGAAACUGUUCCUCAAGAUGAUCUCGCAGACGUAGAUUUUAUACUUCCGACUGAAACAAAAACAAACCAAGAAGUUGCAACGUCACCAAAUUAUAUAAAUCAGGAUCAGGGGAUGCCUUUUGAGGAGGCAGUUUACGACCUGAAUCCAGAAACUACACAGGUUUCGCCUGUGACCUUCCGUAGUUUAACAUCACAAGUGAUGCGUUCACCGGUUUUGCAAUUCUUCAGUUCUACUACACCCACCACGACGCAGACUGAAAAUGGUUUACUUCGUGACGGAGUAGAAAUCAUUCAAAAAGCAUUCAGGACAAGGAGUACUUAUCCGUUCUUCCCGGGGGGCUGCACACCAAAAAAGGAUCCCGAACCAACGGAGAUCACAAUGUGUGGUAUUGCUAAAUGUCUACAGCUUAAAUGGUCAGAAGACACUCUACAACCUCAAUUGCAAUACGAAGUAACUGAAAACCGUUACCUGAUGAAAAGACCAAAUGAGAAAGACGAGGACUACAUGCACCAAAAUCAAAUGUAA